GCUAACCUCGCUAACGUUUUCACUGGCGAUUUAAAUUUUUCUAUGCUCGUUCUACGCGUUAGGAGUUAGUAAAAUUAGAGAAGAAAAUAAAAUCAGUGUUUUUAACGGCUUGUAUCUUUCAAAAAAAGAUGGCCUGCGCCACUCUAGCUGUAAAACGACAUCGCCAUUUUGAUUUUGAGCCACUUGAACGAAGCCACAAGCGCAGACGAAUCUCGGCGACCAAGACUACACUUUCAAGUGCCAUGGCCCCAACGAGAAAGCAAGAAGAGGACGAGUUUUCACCCUUCGCUAAUCUCGGCUUCCUUCUUUCUUGGGAUCAAGAUGAACUAAUGUCAAGAAUUCGCUAUCACGUAAAACGAUUCAAUAGACAAAAGUUUCUAGCAGAGCAACAAAAUGCGCCAAGUGCCAGCAACGACAUUCAAAAUGCUCAACUGCCGCACAUCAUCCACCCAACUACGCAACUGCAACAACAUCUCUUGCCCUCGAACCAGCUGCUGCCAGACAUUCAAACAAAUCAAAUUGAAGGGCUCAACCCUAGGUUCACAUUGAAACAAGCCUCCAUUCUCUGUGAGAAAGCAAUGAAGGAAAAAGAAAAAAUAUGGAAGUUAGAGUACGAACAGAUCUUAUCCAGCAGGCUUGCCGAGCAAUACGAAUGCUUCUUGAAAUUUAACAAUGAUUCGAUGUAUAGAGGCCCCAAGGAACAAGCCUCUAGUUAUGUAUCUUAAAGAUUUCUGGAAGGACUUGCUCGUAAAUAUUUUUUAAUGUAAAUUAUUCAUUUAUUAUUUUAUUAUUGUUAUUAUUAUAAUAAUAAAAACAAAUGAUAAUUUUUGGUGAUAUUAUUACCAAUAUAAAAUGAUUGUAUGAAUUCUGCCGAGUUGUUGGCAUUAAUCAAUUUAAAGUUUGUCUUUUCAUAUAUAUAUAUAUAUACAUAAUUAUUACUAUCAUUAUUAACAUUUUUACUUCUACUACUGCUACUACUACAUGUUAAGAUAGUUUUAAUGUGCAUUACAUUUUAAUAAUUUUGCAGUUUCACUCUAUCUAUUAUUAUUUAUCAUUAAUAUUGUAAGUACUAUUUAUAGUUUUUAUAUUUUUAUUCAGAGAGUAAAUUAACGUUAAUAAAUAACGAUAAUAAUUUCGUUUUUAUUAUCAUUAUUAUUAUUGAUCGUAAUUAUUUACUGUUAUCGUUAACAUUAAUUCAAGUGUU